GAAAUAUGUUCGUUUACGCCGGCUUUACGCAUGCCCAAUUCAUAACUUCCGCUUUCAUUUUCUACUUAGCUGUCAGCAUAUAUUGGUGAAGCAUGAAGAUUUCAAAGACUCUUCAGGUGGGAAUCCUUGUGGCUGUGUUUGCAGCCAUGGUUUCCUGUGAUGACAAGGAAGAGAAAAAGAAGAAGCUUCAAAUCGGUGUCAAGAAACGUGUCGACCCAGACAAGUGCACCAUUAAAUCUAGAAAGGGCGAUGUAUUGAAAAUGCAUUACACAGGAAAAUUGGAAGAUGGAACUAAGUUUGACAGUAGCUUGGACAGAAAUGAACCUUUCAAGUUCACCCUAGGGUCAGGGCAGGUGAUAAAAGGAUGGGACCAGGGCCUAUUGGGCAUGUGUGAAGGAGAGAAAAGGAAGUUGGUGAUCCCCUCUGACAUGGGCUAUGGAGACAGAGGUGCUCCUCCCAAAAUCCCACCCAAGGCUGUGCUUAUAUUUGAGGUGGAGCUGCUAGGAAUAGAGAGGAACGAUGAAUUAUAAGAAGAUAUGGGACAGCACCAUCAAGUGGCUUUAUUCUCUCACUUAUAGUAUUCAUUUUUAGCUCAGUGUCAAGUUUUUUGUGUGGAGAGAAUGGUAAUAAAUUAUAUGUGUAUUGACUUAAGGAAAUAUCUGAUGCAUGUAUCUGUGUAGUGCAAUUUCAUUUCUCAUUGUCUGCAUUUGGUAAAGUUUCUUAGAAUAAAACUUUUUAAUAUU